AUGCAAGCUGUAAAUAAUAGUAUAAUUUAUCAACUUACCAACGUCGGAGCUACUCAGCAACUGUCACCGCUAAAGACCCCCAAGAAAAAUCCGGCCUCGAGAAAGGAUCAACUUACACCAUCACCGUCAUCAAAAGGUAAAAAAUGGACGGAAAAAUUGGCUAAAUUUCAGAGGAGUAGUGCAAAAAAGGGAAACCCUUUUGCAGUUUCUCCAGCGUCGCAUCCUUUAGUGAGAACCCCUACAAUUAGUGAUGAGCCUGGUAAUGCAAAAACACCGUAUUCGCCACCAAGCAAUCAGCUUUUCACUUCCCGCACUUCGUCCUUACCAAGACCUAACUCAAGUUGGUGUCAUAAUAUAUCCGGCUCAACUCCGUCUUCUAUGGGUAGUGGUGACACUGUCAGACGAUUAGCUGCGCCUAGGGUAAUACCAUUUGGCUAUUCGAAAGAUCGCAUUUCCCCAAAGAAGUCCUUCCUGAAUGAAAUCUGUACUAUUUGCGACGAACCUAUAUCAAACAAAAGUAGCGGAGAAAAAGUAAUUGAGCUUGAGUGUUCUCACAUUUUUCAUCAGGAGUGCUUAUUACUGUCAAUUGGAACGUCGGGCGAUACACCUUCCAAUGAUUUAUACAAUUUGUUCCCACCAUGUAGGGCUUGUCUCAGCGAGACAGGAGCUUUCAAUAGAUGCAUACCAAGGGACGCAGAACUAAGGGACAGGUUGAUAUCAGGCUUUUUACUCAACAGAAAAAAAACAGUUCACCUUGAAACGCCAACAAUAUCUCCCAAUGUAGCAUCUGGUAAUUAUAAAGGCCAGUUAGCAACACCUGUCAAAAUAGCAGGUUUGAGUCAAGUGAGGAAACAGUCGCUUAUGGCGGAAACUCCGACUGCAUCUAAUUCAAUGAAAAACAUAUCAUUAGCAAGCGCCCCUACUAGAAGGCAGAGUGAAAGGGUAACCAGAAAUGGCAUUAGUGCUAAACAGACAAAGGUGUGUGCACAGCAUGUUAUAAGAGGUAGUUAUUUUGCUGCUUCGCCAUCUAUCGUGUCGUCAGUAGCUGAGUCUGAUUCAUUUAUUUCCAACGAUGCUUCUCAAGCAUGUUUGACCUUGGAAACAGGUUAUAACAUGUUUCAACUACCUAUUUUGAGAACGUUUUACAUAAAAACGCUCUUGAGGAACUCCCCUACGAAAAUAAUCGAUUGGGAAAUAGAUGAUAAGUUUGGUCUCCUGCGAUGUGUUGACAAAUUGGUUGUUUCAAAGGAUGGAUUCAACUACACACCUUGUCUGUGCUAUCUCUUUGAAAAGAGGUUGGUCGUUUGCUUAUUGAUUGAAAAGGAUCACACUAGGUGUAGUAAUAUCCUAGAAAACCGGUUUGAAUCUGUUGAGAUCUACGGUCCACUUUCUAAUGCUAAAGUAACAACCUUUGAAGCGUCCGUUCUGAGAUGCACUAUCCAAGAACACACUUCUGACAACUGGCAAAAAUUGUUUUUGAAAGAAUCGUUAAAUUCCAAUAGCAGCAAGAUUAUCCAGAAAUGGAUCUCAGGUUUGUUGGAUUUUGAACUUUUGUUCAAGGAAACGGAUUUUAGCUCCACCUUAACUGCACCUUUAAUGAUUGAAAAUAUGCUUGAUUGCAAGAGUGACGAGUGCAGAUCAUUUACAGGUCUGGUAUCUCCUAGAAGGUUAAUAGAAGUGACGGCCUUUAAUCAGGGCCAUCGCAGCGUAAUCAUGAAACGAGCAGUGGACUUUUUUACCGAGUGUGAUCUGGCGACAAGUCGGAGCGCUGUAUCAUAUGCAACAAAUGCAACGAAUACGAUUAGCACUGUGAUGACUUCUAUAAGCCGGAUUCUUUCCUUGAAGCGAGAAACCCCUGAUGAUUUAGUUAUCGUACUGCAACUCGAUUAUGAGAAGCUCAAGAAAGACAAUGGCUUCAAAAUAAUUGACAAUAGUUUGAGGGCUUUGAACUCAAAGUUUCUAUCUCUCAAACUAUGUUUGGUUGACUCAGAUGGUUUUUUAAUAGAUUCAUUUCUUCUGGGAUCCCAUCAUUUUACUAGUGUUAUGGAGAUGGCGUCAUGCAAUAGCGACAGAAAAUUCGAGCCUCAGUGGCUGAAAAAUAAGUAUUAUCCGGGAGGUCUGACUCAGAACGUAGGUAUUGCGGUUAUUUCGAAUUCGAGCAUGCAGAAUGGCAAAUCGAGUCUUCUGUUAGAUUAUGAUUCGUUUACAUGUGGUGGAAGAAGAAGACCGAAUGAACUCAAAGUCAAGAUCGGUUACUUAAAUGCAGAUUAUAGUGAUAGAGUGAACGAUUUGGUUGAAGUAGAAUCUUGGAACGAUCUACUAGAAGCAGUGAGCUAUAGUUUCAGUAUUUAUUUCGGCGAUGACGAUGAUGACAAUAUCACUGAUUGCGAAGUGACGACAGAUGAAAACUGUGUCAGUGAUACUGAGGAGAGCGAGGUUGGUGAUGAAGGAACAACAAUUUCUGAUACAAAAUCUUCAACUGUUGUGCGAUCACUGUCUAAUUCCAACAUUGAUCAUCUUUGUGGAAGAGAUAGCUUUGAUAGCGGGCUCGCCUUCUUGAAGUCGCCAAGAAAAGAGGACGCCGUUCGAUACUUAGAAUUCAGUAACGAGCAGAAUAAGGCAAAGCAUUUGUGCAAUGCUGAUGAUGUCUGGGACCCUUUAUUCAAUGAUAUAGAACAGGCGAUCAAAGAAAUGGAACAACUCAGUCCUAUGCGGUCUGCGAACAGAGAAAGUUUCCGAUCCUUCAUUUGUCUUUAG